AUGCGCAGCAGAAGUAAUUCCGGUGUCCGUUUGGAUUAUUACCAACGGAUUGUCCACAAAAUCAUCAUGAAUCAUCAGAAUCCUAUUACUGGACUGUUUCCUGCGAGUCCUAGCAACGAUCACGCAUGGGUACGUGACAAUAUUUAUUGCAUACUUGCCGUGUGGGGCCUUUCAAUGGCCUACAAGAAGAUAGCCGACGUUGACGAGGACAGAGCGAAGACUUACGAGCUUGAGCAGAGCUGCGUGAAGCUAAUGAGAGGUCUGCUGAUGGCGAUGAUGCAGCAGAGGGAAAAAGUGGAGAAGUUCAAGUCCAGUCAAAAUCCGCACGAUGCCCUGCACGCGAAAUAUAGCUCCGUCAAUGGCCAAACUGUAGUUGGGGAUACAGAGUGGGGGCAUCUUCAAAUCGACGCGAUUUCUCUGUACCUUCUAGUUCUGGCACAAAUGACGGCCUCUGGUUUGCAGAUUGUCUUCAACUUGGACGAGGUAGCCUUUAUUCAGAACUUGGUAUUUUACAUCGAGUCUGCCUACUGCACGCCGGAUUAUGGAAUCUGGGAGAGGGGCGAUAAGACGAAUCACGGUUUGCCAGAAUUAAAUGCAAGCAGUAUCGGGAUGGCGAAAGCGGCGAUGGAGGCGAUGAACGAAUUGGACUUGUUCGGCGCGAGAGGUGGACCUACAUCGGUGAUUCACGUCCUGGCCGACGAGGCGCAAAAAUGCCAAGCAGUAUUGCAGUCGAUGCUGCCCAGGGAGUCGAAUUCCAAGGAGCUGGAUAGCGGCUUGCUGUCCAUCAUAAGUUUCCCCGCGUUCGCGGUAGACGAGCCCAACCUGAUCCACGAGACGAGGGAAGCCGUCAUUAAGAAAUUGCAAGGGCGAUACGGGUGUAAAAGAUUUUUGAGGGAUGGAUAUAAAACGCCGAAGGAGGACCCGAACAGAUUGUAUUAUGAACCGUGGGAGCUCCGUAUGUUCGAGAAUAUCGAGUGCGAGUGGCCGCUGUUCUUUUGUUACUUGAUAUUAGAUUACUGCUUUCAAGGCAACAAAGAAAUGACCGAGGUGUGCACGAAACAAUUGGAGGAUGUGAUGAUUAAGAUGGACGAUGGUAUGAAAUUGGUGCCCGAACUAUAUUCCGUCGCAUCGAAGGACGUGUCGGCGGAGUAUGCCGAACCCGGUAGCCAAACUAGGAUAGCCCUAGGCAGGUGUCCGUUCAUGUGGGCGCAGUCUCUUUAUAUUCUGGGGAAAUUGCUGCAGGAAGGAUUUCUCGCGGUUGGCGAACUGGAUCCUCUCAACAGGCGACUGUGCAGCGAGAAAAAGCCGGACGUGGUGGUGCAGGUAGUCAUCUUGGCGGAAGACACGGAGAUCAGGGAGAAAAUCGCGCAGCAUGACAUUCACGUGCAAACGAUCGCGGAGGUUGCGCCGAUCGAAGUGCAGCCCGCGAAAGUGCUCAGUCAUCUGUACACGUAUCUAGGGCGCAACGAGAAACUCGGGUUAUCUGGACGUAAGUCGAGAGACGUAGGAAUCCUGAGCACUAGUAAACUGUAUUCCUUGCACGAUAAGAUAUUCGCGUUCACGCCGCAAAAACUUGACGCGGAGGAGUACUACACGACAAACGACGCCGACCUGCUUGUCAGCACUUACACAACUACCCUGGCCUUCCUCAAAAUCAACUGGAAGCAAAUGCUCGGCAGACCAACCGUAACCCUUGUCGCUACUCAUAAUCAUUUAGAUCAAGGUAAGAUACCGCUAGCCAUGAUAACCACCAUGAAGAAACUCAAAAGCGGCUAUAUCAAUGGUACCAGAGUGUCGCUGGGAAAUUUGAACGAUUUCUUGAGUACGUCGUGUAUCACGAAUCUCAGUUUCCUGGGGAGUUCCGAGGACGGUCGUCCCGACAAACUAAAUCCUCAGAUUCAACAAUAUUUGGAGGAGCACCUGAUGCGGCCGUUCCCUCAUCGUACGGGACUUCUUAGCAAGCAGGGAUCGACACGCUCGGCGAAAAACUUACGACGUAGAAUGUCGGUUAAGGGCGCGAUAAAAAAGACACGGUCCAUUGCUGUCGAGCCCGAGAUUCUUGGGAUGGCAGGGGAAGAGCGUAGGUACUCUACCGUUUUAACCCUAAGUCCAUUUAUUGAAGUGACGGACACCACAAUGUCCCCUAGCGUCAGCCAACCAGUAACCGUCGAACGCACGCCGUCACCAACGGACGAAUUAUUGUCGUGGAAAAACUCUCCGAAAACCAAACACCGAACGAUAUCGGAGACUCAGUACGCCGAGACGGAAAUCGAAGAAUUGCUCUCUAUGCUACGUGAAACGGAAAGUCUCGAGGAGCAGGGAGACAUUCUGCAAUACAUUGUGGAUUCGAAAGGACUGUAUUUCGACACGGGUGUACUGGAGGAGGGUCAUCCCGUCCUGGUGAAGGAUCUGCUGAAGAGUCUCUACGAGAAGGCGUGCCAGCAGAAAAUGUGGGGUAUCGUGCGACACAGCGCUGGCAUGUUGGGCAAACGGGUGGAGGACCUGGCGAAAGCGGUCACCGAUCUGCUGGUGCGUCAGAAGCAAGUCACCGUUGGCAUGCCGCCCAGCAACGAGCACACGAUAGUCGCACCCCUGCCGGAGAACGAGUUGCGGGCGGUGAUCCAUCAGGCGUACGGCGACGACGAGUCGACCGCCAUGCUGACGCAGGAGUUGCUCGUCUACCUAGCGAUGUUCAUCAGAACCGAGCCGCAGCUGUUUCACGAGAUGCUGAGGCUACGGGUCGGCCUGAUCAUCCAAGUCAUGGCAACGGAAUUGUCGCGCACCCUAAUCUGCACUGGAGAGGAAGCCUCCGAGCACCUGCUAAACCUGUCCCCCUUCGAGAUGAAAAAUCUGCUGCAUCACAUUAUGAGUGGAAAGGAAUUUGCCAUCAGCAGUGUUGGCCGGGGCAACUUCUCCGUCAUUAGUUGUAAAUCAAGCAGAGUUAGCAAGAAAUCUCAGAUCGGCGGUUUUCUAAGUGCCGAUCAAAAUGCAGACAGCGAGGCAGAAGCCGAUAGACAAGGCCAGUGGUUACGGAGGCGACGAUUGGACGGUGCACUGAACAGAGUACCGAGAGACUUCUACCCGCGUGUGUGGCAGGUUCUUGAAAAGUGUCAUGGUUUAGCAAUUGAAGGAAGAAUGCUGCCGCAAAAUCUCACGCAGGAAAUGACAUCGGGCGAAUUGAAGUUUGCGUUGGCCGUAGAGACCGUUUUGAACACUAUACCGCAACCGGAAUAUCGUCAGCUUGUUGUCGAGGCUCUGAUGGUGUUAACACUGGUGACCGAGUACAAUGUCGUACCGUCUCUAGGUGGUCUAAUCGAGGUUGAAAAUUUAGUGCAUAAAGCGAACGCCAUUUUCUUGGAAGAUCAGAUGGCCAUCGACGGUGAUGCGACAUUAUGCUGCGCCAAGCCGAAGGAGCAACGUGAAACGACCGCUAUGGGAACGCUUCUGUGUGGAGGAGCGGCAUAUAUUUGCCAACAUUUUUAUGAUACUGCCCCUAGUGGAAGCUACGGUACGAUGACGUAUAUCACGAGGGCAAUCGCCGUGAUGCUCGACUGUCUACCAAAGGAGGGCGACUUGGAAUGCUCGAUAUCAUAGUAAACAUAAUCCUAGCGGCAAAUGAUCUUUAAUCAUAGCAAGAAUUACUAAUACAAAUGUCUCGAACAAUAGAAAUCGUUUAUCGUAUCCUGUGACGAAGGUAGUGCCAUCUGCAAAUCGGUUCUUUUAUGCAUAAUAGUCUGCGUUUUAUAUAACGAAUUUGUUGUGAACGGGAUACUUUAAUUUGAAUCAGGAAGUGCAGAUCUAGCAAAUAUUAUAAAUUACGAAUGAAUAUCGAAAGAACCAGAAAAUAUUGUUAAAAUAUAUUAACACUUUGUUAUCAAUUUAGAUUGUAGAUUUCAGAAAUUUUGUGAAAGUAAUUGAAUUUAAUUAGGCGAUUGUAUACUAAAAGAAAUCAUGUUUCGUUGGUUUCAAUAAAAUAACUUUAUUUUUCUUGUUA